AUGGACGAUAGCGCCUCCAGUACCACCACGCCCUCCAAACGGCCUCAUUACCGCAUCGGCGGGCUGUCGAAUUUCAUCCCCCUGAAUGAAGAGACCGCUGGCGUCUCAACACGGGGCCAGCGCCUGCCCAGCUUGAUACAGUCGCGCUCCAACGCCUCGCUGUUCACCCUUCCGCGCCGCCCGCGUUCCGAGCGACGAGGCUCAUUCCACAGUCACCAUUCCACCGAGGAUGAAGAGCAUGGGCUUCUGGAAGACCAAGAACCGUUGGCUAAAAGAUGGUCUCACGUCACCGAGAUCGAUGCCAGGCGCAUGUCUCUGGGCCCCGAGAUUCUCAUGACGCCUCAGAUGCGCAGCAUGCGCCUGAUUGGGAACAGCAAUCCCAGAUACAAAUGGCAGCGCUACUACAAGACCGAGGAGGAGCUCAAGCGGAUGGCCAAACCCAUCCGGAAAUACUACGAGCGCAACAACUUCCUGGUCUCGCAAUACCUUUACAUCGAUCGCCUGCUGGACUCGUCGCUGCCGCACAAUCUCAUCCAGGAGUACAAUGCGGUUGGGUCCAAUGGAAACAUCAACAAGAUGAAUACAAUCAACGAGGAAUCCACCUCCAAUCCGCCUAACUCGAUUACACCGACCAGCGCAACCUCUCCGGCCAUUCCGCCGCAAGAAGCAAAGCUGAAGCGAACCCCCAAGAACCUGUACAAACUCCCCGACGAGGCCACUCCAUUACUGAGCAGCGACGAUGUAUUCGAUGACGCUCCAGACGAACCCUUUCCCGACAUUAAAUAUGACGAGGAUGAAAACGUUGAUUCCGACAGUCCCAUCGUGACCCUCGCCAUCUACAUUAACCUGACUGCAAACAUCAUUCUCCUCGCAGCCAAGAUCGCUGUUAUCGUCAUGACGUCCUCGCUUUCCGUCCUCGCCUCCUUGGUCGAUGCAGCCCUUGACUUCCUUUCUACGGCCAUCGUCUGGAUCACCACCCGCAUAAUCUCCCAACAAGAUCAAUAUGCCUAUCCGGUCGGUCGUAGGCGCUUGGAGCCAGUUGGCGUUUUGGUCUUCUCCAUCAUCAUGAUAACCUCAUUUUUCCAGGUCCUCCUAUCCUGUUUCAACCGCCUACUCUCCGACGAUCACACCGUUGUCGAACUUGGCAUCCCCGCCAUCGCGAUCAUGCUCAGCACCGUCAUCAUCAAGGGAUUCUGCUGGUUCUGGUCCCGACUGGUAAAGAACUCUUCUGUGCAGGCGCUCGCCCAGGACGCCGCGACGGACGUUGUGUUCAACACGUUCUCCAUUAUCUUCCCUCUAAUAGGGUUCUACCUGCAGAUCUGGUGGCUCGAUGCGCUGGGCGGUCUCCUGCUCUCUUUGUACGUGAUAUUCAACUGGUCCAAAACUUCCUCGGUACAUGUGCGCAACCUUUGUGGCGCCGCCGCAACCGCCGAUCAGCGGAACGUCCUGCUCUACUUGACCAUGCGCUUCGCCAAGACCAUCAAGCAUAUCCAGGGCCUACAAGCAUACCACGCGGGUGACAAGCUUAAUGUCGAGGUGGACAUUGUCCUCGACGAGAACAUGAGUCUUCGCGACAGUCAUGACCUGGGCGAGAGUCUGCAGUAUGUGCUGGAGAGUGUCCCCAUCGUGGAUCGUGCGUUUGUCCAUGCGGACUAUGCCGAUUGGAAUUUGCCGAGUCAUAUGAAUCAACAGGGCUGA